AUGGCAGUGAUGCAACAUCAGUUCCAUAAUGAGGGUGAAAAUCCCCUGGACAGAACAUCCAUAUUUAUUAGGCAACUUGGGCUGAAAAUCAAGGGAAUGAAAGGCCAUAAGCUGCUUCCAAAAAAUAUUUAUGGGACCAGCAGCAAGGAGACGAGACGGCACCGCAGCGACGCCAGGCCUUUCUCUGAUGUGCAGAAAAGGUUGGGCCUUAACUUAGAUCAUCGGAUGACAAUCCAAAGUGCCGAGCAGCCUCACAAGAUUCCAGGUCGAUGCCAUGCUUUUGAAAAAGAAUGGAUAGAAUGUGCGCAUGGAAUCGGUGGUACCCAUGCAGAGAAAGAGUGCAAGAUCAAAUUUGAUGAUUUUGUAGAAUGUCUGCUUCAGCAGAAAACGAUGAAACGUUUGAGUGACAUCAGGAGGCAGCGAGAUAACCUAAUAAAGGAAGGGAAGUACACGCCUCCACCUCGCAACGUGGGCAAGGAGGAUCCUAGGCCCUGAGCAGAGCUGCUGCUGAUGGCUGGAGGCUGAUUUUCAUGUUCUCUCUUCUCCACUGGAAAGUUCAU